AUAUGUGAUUAAAGUCUAAUUUACCUUUUUUCAGUGACCGUUCGAUUGGGUCUGAGAGUGCCGUCGGAGAUGAAUAAGUAGAUUACCAUUUUUAGUUCCUAAUAACAAAUUUCAAACACAUUUUCUUUUAAAUUUUUGAAUAAUUUUAUGGAGUCAAUUUAUUUGGCCCGCCGACGUAGUAUGACUAUAAAGGCACACACAAUCAUAUUAGAAAUCACAAGCUUCCUAUCCAUUUCCAACAAGUGGUCCAGCCCUCUUAUAAAACCAUUUCCUCUCUGAAACAAAAACCAAAAAAAAAAAAAAAUUGAGCUUGUGUUGUGUCAUCCAAAAUCUAGAGAUGGGAAAUUGGAGCUGGUCUUGUUGUCUUCUGGUUCUUGUGGUGUUGCUGGUUAAGAAUGUUGAUGGAAAAGACAUCCCUUUAACACUUCUUGACUCCAACUAUGCUACCCAGAGAGGAGCUUUUUGCUUGGAUGGGAGUCCGCCGGGUUAUCACUUUGACGCGGGAUCUGGUUCGGGUGCUAACAACUGGCUUGUUCAUAUGGAGGGGGGUGGAUGGUGCGAGACAAUCGAGAAAUGCCAAUCCGUGAAGAAGAUUUACAAGGGUUCAUCAUCCCAAUUCGAGAAGACAAUGGGCUUCUCUGGGAUGCUAGGGGGCGUGCAGGCUGCCAAUCCCGAUUUCUACAACUGGAACAGGGUUAAGAUUAGGUACUGCGACCAAUCUUCGUUCACCGGUGAUUCCAUGGACCCCAAAACUGGCCUUUACUUCAGGGGAGAAAGGGUCUGGCAAGCCAUCAUUGAUCAACUGUUGGCCAAAGGAAUGAAAAAUGCCCAAAAUGCUAUCCUUUCGGGUUGCUCGGCUGGUGGACUUGCUGCUAUUUUGCACUGCGACAAAUUCCGAUCUCUUCUGCCUGCAACCGCUACAGUCAAAUGUGUUGCUGAUGCUGGUUACUUCAUCCAUGGAAAGGAUAUUACCGGAGCUUACAGAAUCGAGAACUUCUACAGUCAAGUAGUCCAAUUGCAUGGAUCGCAAAAGAAUUUGCCUGCAUCUUGCACUUCAAGAAAUAAACCUGAAUUGUGCUUCUUCCCAGAAUAUGUCGUACAAACUAUGACCACGCCGCUUUUCAUCAUCAACGCAGCAUAUGAUUCCUGGCAGAUAAAGAACAUCUUGGCACCCAAGACUGCAGAUCGCAGUGGAGCCUGGAAGAGUUGCACACUUGACCUAAAGAAAUGCUCUGCCACCCAACUCGCCAUCGUACAAAACUACAAGGACCAAUUCCACAAUGCAGUGACAUUGGGUCUUGGCAACCGAUCAUCGUGCGGAUACUUUGUGGAUUCAUGCUAUGCUCACUGCCAAGCUGGAUCCGCGGCCACUUGGUUAGGUGACAAAUCUCCCCGACUAGGCAACACGAAAAUUGGGAAAGCCGUUGGAGAUUGGUUUUGGGGUCGCGCGACGUUCAGGAGCUUCGAUAGGCCUUACCCUUCCAACCCAACAUGCGUCGAUGGUGGCUCCGAGUCGUAGACGAUGAAUGGAGUGUUUAGUUGUUGCAAGAGUGACAAAAAAAUGAGAUGGUUAAUUGAAGAGGGUAUUGAAAUGUCACUUUUUUUUAUAUACUGUGCAAUUUUUUUGAAUGGGUCAUGGAAUAAAUGGAGGAGGAAUUCAUGCUGUUUUGCAGCAGCUGAUGCUCUAUCAUUGUUUGUGUAACUUUAACCAUAUGCUACCCUUUGGACAAUGCAUGUUCAAAUUGUAUUUCUUCAGCACUUAAUUAAUCUAAUAUCUGUCAAUAAAGCUUGCUGUCAUUU